AUGUCACUGGGAUCCUCCGAGACCCGAUUUGUGACACAGUUCUGAGACCGAUCAGCUUGGAACCGGACGAUCCCCGAUGAUGGGCUGAUUCGAUGUUCUCAGAUGGCACUGGACCAUUUUACUGCAUUCAUUAAAAAAAUAAUACAAAUUCUGAAACACUUUUUUUUUUACAAUUUGUCAAUAAUGAAGCCAAAACCACAAACUUUCAUCGCAGUGUUAAAAUGAGCAGAGCAGGUCAACACUCAGUUGUUUCAGCUUUGAGUCCCGGCAGCGAACGGUGGAAAGCCCAGACUAUAAUGCCCUAAACGCCUCUCCGCUACUUCCACAGAGCGCUCAGCUGAGAACCUAAGGAGGCUGUGUGGUCCAGUGGUUAAAGAAAAGGGCUUGUAACCUGGAGGUCCCCGGUUCAAAUCCCACCUCAGCCACUGACUCAUUGUGUGACCCUGAGCAAGUCACUUCACCUCCUUGUGCUCCGUCUUUCGGGUGAGACGUAGUUGUAAGUGACUCUGCAGCUGAUGCAUAGUUCACACACCCUAGUCUCUGUAAGUCGCCUUGGAUAAAGGCGUCUGCUAAAUAAACAAAUAAUAAUAAUUAUUAUUAUUUGUUUAAACUUACAGCUCUGUAAAGCCGAGGCAACACAGAGUUAUUCUGAGAAUCGGGGCAUCUGACACUGCAAGCAACCUCAAACCACGUCUCCCAGGAACGCAAUUCCUGAAAAAUGAGCUUCCCAGUUUAAGAGAUCAAGAUUUGAACCUCAUGUAUUUUUUUUUCCUGUUUUUAGAUCGCGCCCCAGCCUCUCUGUGUCAGACGGAUCGGGGAUGAACGAAGCUGCGGUAAUCCACUUAGAGAAGGCAAAGAAUGACUUCUAAUCCCAGAUAGACAGAGCUGUCUUGCUCGCUAGACUGUAGCUUUAAACAGUUUAUGACACAGACAGCUGAUUUCUGUGCGAAUGUCUGUUUCUGUCAUGCGAUUUUACAAACAGAUGCGUUUGCAGUUAACAGCUAAGUUUUAAAAGAAUUUCAGUUGCAGUGUUUGAAAUAGAUUCACAGUAAAUUCAAAAAAAAUAUAACUGUUUGUGGAGCUCAGUGGUUGGAUAAAGAAAGCGCUGGGCUGCAGUGUGGAAGGCAGUGGGGUUUGAGGAGCUCAGUGGUUAGAUAAAGAAAGCGCUGGGCUGCAGUGUGGAAGGCAGUGGGGUUUGAGGAGCUCAGUGGUUAGAUAAAGAAAGCGCUGGGCUGCAGUGUGGAAGGCAGUGGGGUUUGAGGAGCUCAGUGGUUAGAUAAAGAAAGCGCUGGGCUGCAGUGUGGAAGGCAGUGGGGUUUGAGGAGCUCAGUGGUUAGAUAAAGAAAGCGCUGGGCUGCAGUGUGGAAGGCAGUGGGGUUUGAGGAGCUCAGUGGUUAGAUAAAGAAAGCGCUGGGCUGCAGUGUGGAAGGCAGUGGGGUUUGAGGAGCUCAGUGGUUAGAUAAAGAAAGCGCUGGGCUGCAGUGUGGAAGGCAGUGGGGUUUGAGGAGCUCAGUGGUUAGAUAAAGAAAGCGCUGGGCUGCAGUGUGGAAGGCAGUGGGGUUUGAGGAGCUGGUUAGAUAAAGGCAGCCUCAGUAUGAGCUUGGGGAAGCUGCCAGCUCUGAAGAGCUGGGUGUCGAACUCACACAGCAAACGGCGUUACAAGAGCGAGCUCACAGUGGAUAUGAUCAGCCCUCCGCUGGGAGACUUCCGACACACCAUGCACGUCGGCCGCGGGGGCGACGUUUUCGGGGACACCUCCUUCCUCAGCAACCACGGCGGGUCGGAGCCCGAACCCGACCCCAAAUCCGGGGGCUUCUUCUCCAGGACGUUCCGGCAGGUCAGGAAGCCCAACUUCGGCUCUCGCGCCAGGGGGGGCUCCAGAGAGCUCUCCCCCUCCCCUCCGCCCGUCUCCCCCAUCAUCAAGAACGCCGUCUCCCUGCCUCAGCUCGCUGGAGCCGGAGCCUGCACUCCCAACGGCAGCCUGCGGAGGGCGCUGUUCCAGAGCACCCCGGCCAGCCCGCAGGACGUCAGCCACUCCUACGGUGUAGAAUCCGGGUUCUGUACCUUACCACGCCUCUCUCGCUUGGAAAAACAGCCCAGCCAGAAUUCCGACUAUCCUGACCCGGAAUUCCAAGACAGUCACCGCUCCUGCACCCCGGAAUAUCAAGAGGAGGGCUCCCUCCUGCUGCGCUCCGACUCCAUGACGUCCUUCACCCUGGACCUGGGCCCCUCUCUGAUGAGCGAGGUCAUGGGGCUCUUCGGGGGUCCCUGCGACAUUUUCGGGGCCAACCAGAGCUCGGAAGGCAGAAGCGACUCCCCGACUUCCAGCCCGGCCCCUUUAAGAGGGACGGAACCCCGGGACGCCCCUUUAAGAGCGGAACGCUCGGCUUGGCAAAACGGCGACGCCCACUCUGAGGAGGAGGAGGAUCUUAAAAGGGCAACGCCAGAAGAGGCGGGCCCCACCGGAAAGGACCCUGCUAUCGAAGCUGAGAGAUUUCAAAAGGCGGCCAGCGUGCUGUCCCGCCACUAUGGGGGUCCCGGCCCCUUGACAGGGGAGCCCGAGGACAGCGACGAGGAAAGCGACGCAGAUUUGGAGACUACACCAAAGAGGGCUCCGUUUGCUUACCCAGAAGAGGAUGAAAUUAAAGUUUAAGAUUGCUAUAUGCGUAUAUAUAUAUAUAUAUAGUGUUGGACGAACGCUAGAGAGGGACACUGAGGACAAAUGGACAGUGGGGACAGAUCUAGGCAGCAAAAGGCAGCAUUUCUACCACAGAAACACAGCAAAACCAACAACUGCUUUAUUAUUAUUAAUUUCUUAGCUGACGCCCUUAUCCAGGGCGACUUACAAUUGUUACAAGAUAUCACAUUAUUUUUAUACAGUUGGGUUUCUACUGGAGCAAUCUAGGUAAUGUACCUUGCUCAAGGGUACAGCAGCAGUGUCCCCACCGGGAUUUGAACCCACGACCCUCCGGUCAAGAGCCCUCACCGCUACUCCACACUGCUGUGUUUAACUUCAUCUCUAAAUGUGCUGGACUGCGCUGCUAAUUAAAAAAAGGACGAAAUCUUUCAGCUUGGUAUUCAACAUCGCUGAAGCAAUCUCUGUGAUGAGAGAUGGCACAGCCCGGCCCGACAGAGGGAGACAGCAGCGGGUUCUGGAGGUCUGUGACCUGCUUGGAAAACGCAGAGACGGGGAAACGAGAGAGAGAGAGAAUCUGCCUGGAAUUCAUCAGUAAAGACAACUAAAAGAGCGCCGCUGCUUUACAAACGAGGAAGAGGGGAGAGAAAGAAGAGCCCUUUCUCAUCUCCCAAUACUGCAGCUUUAGCAGCACAGUCAAGCCUAUGCUAGUCUAUGCUAUGCUAGUCUAUGCUAGUGUGUGCUAUGCUAGUCUAUGUUAGUCUAUGCUAUGAUAGUCUAUGCUAUGCUAGUCUAUGAUAGUCUAUGCUAUGCUAGUCUAUGCUAGUCUAUGCUAUGAUAGUCUAUGCUAGUCUAUGCUAUGCUAGUCUAUGAUAGUCUAUGCUAUGAUAGUCUAUGCUAUGCUAUGCUUUGCUAGUCUGUUCUGUUCUAUUGGGCUCACAGAGUGACUCACACAUCUUGACAAGCAGUUUUCAAAAGGCAGGAGGAAGCUUGUGUCCCGACAAGCUAAACCAACAGGACUGCCAACAAGACGUGCCGUGGCGCGGAGCGCACAGUGUGCUGUGAAACAUCAAACCACCGCACAGCCGUGAAACAAACACCCCCUUCAUAGACACCCCCCCUGUUAUACAGGGAGGUUUCUUAAAGGGGAGGGCUUCUCUCAGUAGGGUUUUUUGUUGGUCAACAACCCCUUAUUAAAACUAUAAAGGCUUUUCAGUUUUUCACAUCUAUAUGCAAUUACUAUGGUUUACAGCACAGCUAAGGGAAUUAUGAUAAUAUUAAUAUAUAUAUAUAUAGACGUUUUAUUAUUAAUUUCUAUUGAAUUUAUCAGCUGUUACCAAAAACAAACACCCGCCGCAAAGCAUUGUGGGUAAUGUAGUUUUAUCAGAAAAAAAAACUACAAGUGAAUUUUGGAAGGCAGCCAUCCCAGUUGUAGUUUUGCUAAAACCUUUUAAUGCAAAAUCCCACAGACGGCUCGAGGAGUGUUGCACUCUGGGAGCUGUAGUUUUUAAAGCUGUAAACCCUACAGGACACGAGCACUUUGGGGUUUGUAGUUUUCUGAGACGUCGAGCGCACUACAAGCGAUGCGAACAGAACUACAAAUCCCAUAGUCCUUCAGGCCACUGUAGCCUAGGAGCUGAGGGACAACGAGACUGGAACUCCAAACUGAAAUAAGAGAUACGGAAACACUAAGGUGAAAUAAAUACCAAAGAAUUGUACAGAAUUAUACGAAAAAUAUAUAUAUAUAUAUAUCCAUUUAAUUUUUGAUAAACAUAUAUGCAUUCAUGUCUUAAUAAUGACUCUAAAUCUUCCAUAUACAAUUUCAAUAUGAUUCAUAACUAGAAGAUGCAAUAACAGGUCACUUAAAUGUGGUUAUUAUUAUUAUUAUUAUUAUUUUUUUUUUAUAUAACAAAACAAAACAAAAAUAACAAUGAAAUGCAUAAUAAGGCUUUUGUUUCGUUUUGUACUAUUUUAAUUUCUGACAACCGAGUUUCACUGUGUAAUAAAAUAAAAUGUAUUUCGUGCACUUAUCGAUAUUAUUAAUCCACAUUAUUACAAUAAAAUGCUUUUUUUUUU